GUCGGCUCUAUAAAAUUGACUUCACAAGCUCAUGCUUUUUCACAAGAAAACGAAAUCUCAACAGAAUGAUGAGUUUGAAAACUCCGUCGGUACCUUUGCUUCUUUUGUGGUUAGUAUCUUCCUACGCCAGCGGAUCUCUACGCACAGUCAGACAAGCUUCAUCAUGUGCAGCAGGGUCAGCAUGUAUACGUCUGGAGUCAUGCCCAGCUCUCGCCAGGUCUCUUGGGGAAUCCAACUAGGGAAAACUUGAUUCGGAUAAGAGAAGCCCUUUGCAACAAUAACAGAAGGAAUCCUAUGGUCUGCUGUAGCUCUACAACGACCCCUACAGAAAAUCCUGUGAGUUCUCCCGUGACCAACACAGUUCCAAGCAACCCUGGAGGAGGAGAAGUGUUAUUGCCCUCUGUCUGUGGGAGAGGAGGACAACUCCACAGAAUCUUCAACGGCGUUGAGGCGCCCGUGGGAGCCUUCCCCUGGAUGGCAAUCUUUGGUUAUAAAGAUCCUAACCUGCCAGGAGGCCUAGACUGGGGUUGUGGCGGUGCUCUCAUCAACGACAAAUAUAUACUGACGGCUGCCCACUGCGUUGUGCCUAGUCUGCCAUUAGACGAAAUCCGUCUGGGUGAGCACAAUUUGGACAAGGACCCUGACUGCAGUGAAGCCGACUGCCCCAGUCACCAGGUAUUCAAGGUCACGAGGUCUCAGAUCAUCUCUCACCCUAAUUAUGACACCCGGACUCCUUUCAGCGACGACAUAGCUCUCAUUCGCUUGGAUAGGAAAGCUACGCUCAACAGACUUGUACAGCCUAUCUGCCUCCCCGAUGCACAGUUCGACAUUAAGUCGUAUUUGAAUGGACGAAAUGGAACUGUUGCUGGUUGGGGGAACACGGAAGAUGGUCCGAAAUCUCGAGUCCUGAAGAGUGUUGGAGUUCCUUUCGUCAGUCUCGAUACCUGUCAACCUCUAUACCAGAACCUGCUCAAUUCCGAUCAGGUCUGUUUUGGCGGCGAAGGUGGCCGCGACAGUUGCAGUGGCGACUCUGGAGGCCCCAUCUUCCAGGCAUCUACAACCGGAACUCGUAGCACCAUUUUUGGGGUGGUAUCAUUCGGCAAAAAGUGUGGAGGAGAUCCGGCUAUAUACACAAGAGUAGCAUCCUACAGGUCCUGGAUCGUCCAAAAUCUGAGACCCUAAUUGUGGCCUUUAUUGAUAAAGAUGCCUCCUAUACGCUGUUCAAGACUACUAUGAGAUUCAGGGUCUCUGUAACACGGAUUUUUGGACUUUGCUCCUUGUCAAAGCAUCGGAUGUAGCUGAAAGUUGACAUAUGUAUAUUUUACAACCACACACAAAUUUUGUCAGCAUUAUCAAUAACCUAAACCCGAUAGUUUUAGUUUUCAUAGAGUAAAAAUGAUCUAGCCGACGCCAUGGCUAAUGAUUACGAGCCAAGCGUCGAAUAACAUUCAUUACGUAAGCAAGGUAAACACACCUUUUGACGAAAUGUUGCCCCGCCCAUCCUCCAGACAGAAACUCCAUCGGCUCUGAAACCCAAAGACUUUAUGAAUGGCGGAACGAUACAUCGAUGUGGGUGGGGUAUCAGUGCUAGCGUAGUAAUACUACUGUAGCAGUAGUGCCGCAACAGUAUAGCAGUAAUAUACAUGAAUUAAACGUUUAGGCCAACUGCUGGAUGGGGCCUUGAGGAUCAUUUAGCACUUCUUACAACUACUCGAGAAAUUAGGUUUUAUAGACAGAUGUUAAAUUUUCUAAUCCAACAGUGCCCAUGGUAGCCUUCAGUUUUAUCCUGAAUUAUAACGAGGCCAAAGUGGGUGGAGCCUCAUGAAGUCAACAUUCUGACGAUAAUUAUUGGUGAAGGUUUAAAGCCAAUAUACGGUACCGGCUAUUUUUUUUUUCAGUAAACAGGUAGAUAGCCAAUAAAAAAAAAUUGCUUGACAUUGGAUAUAGCAGUUAUCAAAUCAAGCUUGUCUACUAUGUUUUUGAAAAUUACCAACUAUUCCCUACAUCUUGUCAAUCUGAUUGUGACCCAUAAAGUAGACUGUAAUUUCUUAGGAAACCUAUUUUGGGAGUUAGACUAAUAAUCGUAGUGUUUUUGUAUUUAUUAACAUAUUUUGUUGGUUUGUUCAUUAUGACAAUUAUCAGUGGAGAGGUUCCAGAGUUCAUAAAGGUGUACUGCUUUGCUUGUAUUUAAAUUUGUAUGUCAUUGUUGUCAGAGGUUUAGCCUUCGUUACGUAUAGCCAAUCAUCCAUCGAGAAAGAGGGAAGAAAUGCUGUCAUAAGUUACGUAACGAGCGCGUUCGAAACCUUUUCUCUGAGUAAGAUGGCCUGUCUUCAAAAAAGGUCACUUUUACAUUAUAAGUACCAAAUUUAUUCAACCUACGUAAUGCAGAAUACAGUCAAAAUUUAUGUGUAGAUAUAAUAUGUAUUCUGAAUAAGCGUUAUAUUUAUGAAAUGCAUAGAUAAAAAGUUAUUGCGAAAAAAACCGUGUUACAGAGGCCCUGAAUCUCAUAGUAGGCCUCUGUCGCUGGUAAGGCAGUCAUCCAGUCAUCAUGACCACUAGGGCAAGCGAAAGAUAAUACAUCCUGAGAAAAAUAAGUUAUAAAGGCAAAUUUGACCAAACCAGGCCUACUGACAAAAUUAGUUGUUCAAGGUUUAACAUAAUACAUGAUCUAUGAAAGAAGCAUCGGCCACUGAAACCGUAAAGUUUAGGUGUGUUCUUUAGACGAGUUAUCCUUUACAAUAGGUUUUCUUACUAUGACAAGUAUUAGCUACGUUUUCUUUGAAUUGGAA